CUCGUAUUCUUGCUUCAGUUUGGGGUCGGCUCGCACUGGCUGUCGUCCAUUCGAACGAGCUGUAGUAACUUUGAAAUAUCCCAACUCACGCCGACAAACACGACCACAGUGCGAAACCCCGUGAUAGUGGAGCCGCUACGAAGGACAUUCACGGCUCCAAGCUGUGACCGAAGCAAUGAAUGACCAAAGUUUGUGAAUCAAACAUCACUCGAUCUGUAGAUUCUCUCGAGCCCUCAACAGAUUGAGCGCCUUCAGCAGUCGGCCAUUUUUCCUGUUUUUUUUUUCUUUUCCCUAGUUCUUGUGAGUUGAUGUCGGGUGUCAAUGGGUUAACCGAUAGGCCUCCGCUUCACAGUUCCUUUGGAUCGUCCUUUUUCUACCAUUUUUUCAAGAAAAAGUGUUGUGCGGUGCUCUUCGACUUGUGUUUGCUGCUACCAGUGUGUUUGUGUGUGUGUCGGUUGUUGUGUUGCAAAUCACAAGUGAAAAGACUUGUACCUAAAGGUUUUGAUUACUUCCUCCAAGGCUAGCAAACAAUCAUUACAGAUGAAUUGGAACGGAGCAAUGUUGUCUGCUAGUGCGCGGAUGUUGACAAUGCUUUCAGUGUUCCUACUUCUUUUGGCUAGUGGUUUGGCCGUCUCCUCCUCGGAAGAAGAUGAUUAUUCCUCCUCUUCGACUGCAUUCACCGAUCAGUGGGCCGUUCACAUCAGCGGUGGCGAUGAAGUAGCAGACGCCAUAGCUGCCCGGCACGGAUUUACUAAUCUCGGCAAGAUAUUUGGUGACUACUAUCAUUUUCAGCACAGAAAAGUGGCAAAAAGAUCAACAGAGCCGGGCACUGAUCACAGCGAUCUACUCAAUAAUGACCCCGAGGUCCGGUGGGUCAAGCAGCAGGUGGUGAAGAAACGAGUCAAACGUGAUUUCCUGGAAGAACCUUCUGGCCGGACGCGACGAUCGAGAAGUGAUCGUCGACCUUCACGGCGUGCUGGAACUAUCAGAUCAAUUAGUUACAAUCUCAAUGAUCCUCGUUGGACACAAAUGUGGUACCUGAACCGAGGAAUGGGCCUUGACAUGAACGUCCAAGAGGCCUGGGCCGAAGGCGUAACUGGAAAGGGAACCGUGGUGACCAUCCUCGACGACGGGCUGGAAAAGGAUCAUCCAGACAUCCGCCGGAAUUAUGAUCCUUUGGCCAGCUAUGACGUCAACAAUCACGACGAGGAUCCCAUGCCACGCUACGAUCUGAUCGACUCGAAUCGUCACGGCACUCGAUGUGCCGGCGAAGUCGCCGCUGAAGGCAACAACUCCAUCUGCGCCGUCGGAGUGGCUUUUGAUGCCGGCAUAGGAGGAGUUCGAAUGUUAGAUGGUGACGUGACAGACGCUGUUGAGGCUCGUUCUCUCAGUCUCAAUCCGAAUCACAUCGACAUUUACAGCGCGUCUUGGGGCCCCGACGAUGAUGGAAAGACUGUGGACGGCCCGGGUGAGUUGGCCACGCGAGCUUUCAUCGAAGGAGUCACUAAGGGUCGCGAUGGUAAAGGCUCCAUCUUUGUCUGGGCUUCUGGCAACGGCGGCCGGGAUCACGACAAUUGCAAUUGCGAUGGAUACACCAAUUCCAUCUGGACGUUGAGCAUCAGCAGCGCCACGGAGAACGGCUACGUACCUUGGUAUUCCGAGGCGUGUUCGUCCACUUUGGCCACCACUUACAGCAGCGGGUCGUCUGGCGAGAAACAGAUCGUGACGACGGAUUUGCACCAUUCGUGCACGGCAAGUCACACGGGUACGUCGGCGUCGGCGCCUCUGGCAGCCGGAAUUUGCGCCCUAGCCUUGGAAGCCAACCGCAAUUUGACGUGGCGUGAUAUGCAACACAUCGUAGUCCGAACUGCCAAACCGGCAAACCUCAAAGCAGACGACUGGCAAGUCAAUGGAGUAGGAAGAAAUGUGAGUCAUUCGUUCGGCUACGGACUGAUGGAUGCAGCGGCUAUGGUCCGGCUAGCUCGUGUCUGGUCAACAGUUGCCCCCCAGCAAUUCUGCGAAGUCCGCGCACCCGAUAUGAACAAAUUAAUUCCGGCCAAAAGUCAAAUCAAAAUUCAGUUGACCGUCCGCGAGUGCGCAGGAGUCAAUUUCAUGGAACACUUGCAGGCCCGCAUCAGUUUGGCGGCCGUCAGUCGGGGUGACAUCCAGAUCCAUUUAUCGUCUCCAUCGGGAACGCGUUCGACGCUCUUGGCCCUGCGUCCACACGACUCGUCUCGCAACGGUUUCCAUUCUUGGCCGUUCAUGUCCGUCCACUAUUGGGGAGAAAGUCCCUUUGGCGUCUGGACCCUGGAGAUUCAGAACGAGGGCCGAUAUCUCGGUCGGGCCACGCUUCAAGACUGGAUGCUAAGAAUAUACGGCACAAAAACGGACCCAGUGCGAUCAACGAGGUCUUCCCCAUCAUCCAACACGACCAACAUCGUUGUGCCGACAAUGUCAACGACGCAGUCAUCGGCCCCAACGUCGUCUGCUCCAUUAAACGCCUUUACUCUUUCCACUUUUAUGACGAUGGCCCCCAAAAAAAUGACACCAUCUCUGCUGGAUGGCCGUCACGUCGACAAUGUUGGGCCUAGAUCCGGCCAUGACUCUGUCCCACGCUCUAAAACAGCGACAUUGGCCGAGUGGAACGUGGCCGUUUAUGGGACCAAGGACUCGCCAGAGUCCAAACUGCGGGCGGCUAUAUCGCUGCCUUCGACUGUGGCUCCUACGACAACGGUGCAACCUACACCGAAAACGUCAGAAGAAGCCAUUAGACAGCAGCAAGCUCCUUCUACGACUGGUGGUGAGUGGCUGGAUAAAACGGCAAUUCAUCAAAAUAAUUUGGAGCAAAACGCGAGGGCUUCUUUCUUGCCGAACGACGUCCAACCGCUUGAACCCGUUCCAGUUUUGAGUAGCAGCGGUGGCGCUGGUAUCCGUUGCCGGCCUGGUCACUGGGACUCCGCGGCCGCCGUUUGUCUAAUGUGCGACGAUGGUGAUUUUCUGUGGCGAGGUCAGUGUGUUCCAUCGUGUCCAGAAUCGACUCACGCGAUUAACCAGACGGGAUUAGGCGGGAUUUUCCUUGCAUGCGUUCCGUGUCAUUAUUCAUGUCUGACAUGCAACGGGCCGAGUGAUUCAGAAUGUACCACUUGCCACGCCGAUUCACAACUCAAGUCUGUCAUUUUACCAGGAUACAAAGGCAAAGCGGAACAGUAUUGCCAUCCACGAGAAUUGGCCAAUUUAUUGGCCAAUUACGAACGUUGGUCUCUUGGUGUUGAAUUAGCGCUGGGCUUUAACGUGGCCGUCGUCAUGGCAUUGGUGGUCGUCAUGUUAUGCAAUAAAAAACCGGGCGGCGGAUCAUCUUGCGUUCUUAAUUGCUGCUCUACUGGUGCUGAACCAAAGAAAGAAUACCAUCAUCUUGUGCCCACAACAACAAACAAAUCCAAUACCCUUGCAGUUGAAGUGUACACAGAUGACCAUGAAGAUGAUGAGCCCGAAUCUAAUCGACGUCCAAUCACUGAAAAUUGAAGAUCUAAAUUGUGUUUUUGUGGAAAGAUUAUCUUUUUU